UCUGAAACCUUUGUAUCUGCGAGUUCCUGUGGAUUUUAUCUUUGGGGACACAGUGAAUCGUUGGAGAUUUUUGUUUUCAUGAGACUUGCUCUACAAUUCCGAGCUUUACUAUUAAGUUACGUCCAUCUGGAGUGAGUGUGACUGUUUUCCUGUGAAUCUGAAUUCACCUCUGUCCUCUGUGAAAGUCUCUCUGUCUUGUCGAACUUCGUGUCUCGAAUAAUGGGUGCAUUUUAAAAGCGUAUUCAAGGGGUGGAUUCGCAGUCGGGAAACUCGAACCAAACAUCUCAUCAAGAAUUGACAAAUUACUCAAUUUAUUGUAACCAGAAUAUCAUUGGAUUUUGACCAUGGAAGAAGAAAACACCUCUCAGAGUGGGGAGAAACCGUACACAUGUUCUGUGUGUGGUCGAGGCUUCAGCCAAUCAUCCGGCCUGUCUAAACACAAGCGCAGUCAUGACAGGGAGAAGCUGUGUAAAUGUGGGGACUGUGGGAGGGCGUUUAAUUUCCCUUGCGAGCUGGAAAUUCAUCAGCGCUGUCACACUGGGGAGAGGCUGUUCCUGUGCUCCGUCUGUGAGAAGGCCUUCACUCGGUCAGCACACUUGCUGCAACACCAGCGAGUUCACACUGGAGCGAGGCCGUUUACUUGCUCUGUUUGUGACAAAGGCUUUACUAAUUUGUCCAACCUGCUGAGACACAAGCAGGUUCAUACUAUCGAGAGACCUUUUAAAUGUACAGACUGUGGGAAGUGCUACAAAAGCUCCAGGGAACUGACACGCCACCAAAGUGUCCACACAGAUGAGAGACCAUUCAAGUGCUCUCAGUGUGAGACUGGGUUCAAGCAUUCAUUUGAACUCACUCUACAUCGACGCACUCACACUGGAGAGAAGCCAUUCACGUGCUCAAUGUGUCAGAAGAAGUUCACUCAAUCAUCUCACCUUCGGUCACACCAGCGAGUUCACACAGGGGAGACACCAUAUGCCUGCUCCAUGUGUGAGAAGAAAUUUGCUCAUUCAUUCCAUCUGGUGAGACACCAGCGAUGUCACAAGUAGUUCCGGUGUUGGGAUUUUCCUGUUAAUCACAUCCAGAACUGAUCCAUGUAUAUCAGGCUCUUAUUCUGUUGAUGUUAGUAAAAUCCAACCAAGUUAAAGUUGCUAGU